AUGGGCGACAGCCAGCCAGUCCAGUUGGAACGGUCAGUUCUCAUUCUGUAUGGCUCUGAAACAGGCAAUGCGCAAGAGGUCGCCGAGGAAUUGGGUGCCUUGACGGAGCGGCUUCGUUUUGCGACGCAUGUGUCUGAAUUGAAUCAAUACAAGCCGCAAGCCCUGUUCUCAUACACCUUUACGAUAUUUGUGGCCUCGACUACCGGACAAGGCGAUUUACCGGCCAACGCGAGAUCCUUCUGGAAGUCGCUUUUGUUGAAGAAGCUUCCUCCAACCUUUUUAAAAGGCAUAAACUUUGCUUGUUUUGGAUUGGGAGAUAGCUCUUAUCCCAAGUUCAAUUGGGCAAUCCGCAAGCUUUAUAAACGACUACUGCAGCUCGGUGCAAAUGAGAUCUAUCCCACUGGCGAAGCAGAUCAGCAACAUCCGGAAGGACUCGAGGCUACAUUCCUACCAUGGAUGACCGACUUCCGAAAGCAGUUGUUGGAUAGGCACCCUCUACCAGAAGGACAGCACCCAAUUCCAGACGAUGUACAGCUACCCCCGAAAUGGACGUUGCAGGCGAAGAAAGGAAAUGAUUCCGUCCCAACGUCCAAACCAGUUGUCGAAAACGAACAUCAAACGCACUCAGAUGAAUAUCCCGGGCUACAUCAACUCGAUCAUGACUUACGUCCUAUCCCACAUACCCUAUCCGCAACAUUAACCCAAAAUCGGCGUGUGACUCCGCAAAAGCAUUGGCAAGAUGUGCGCCUUGUUACCCUGACCGUCCCAGAGUCCGUAUCCUACGUUCCGGGAGAUAUGAUCACAAUCACGCCGAAGACCUCUCCAGCUGAUGUUCAAGCAUUUAUUGACCUGAUGGGCUGGAACGACCAGGCAGAUAAACCUAUUUACCUCGUUCCAACAGGAGAUAUCCCAUCUCCACCACCGAUUCCCGAUCUCGACUCAUAUCCCAGCCUUACGCUCCGUACUCUCCUGAUAGAUUAUCUCGAUAUCAAAGGGAUACCUCGAAGGUCCUUCUUUUCCACCAUUGCACACUACACGAAUGAUGAAAUGCACAAAGAAAGGUUAUUAGAACUCACGAAUCCAGAAUAUCUCGAUGAGCUAUGGGACUACACUACGCGGCCACGACGGAGUAUCCUUGAGAUCCUGGAUGAGUUCCACACAGUCAAGAUUCCCUGGCAGCAUGCGAUCUCUGUACUUCCAGUCAUGCGCGCACGACAGUUCAGUAUUGCCAGUGGCGGGAGCCGCAAGAAAACUGCCGAUGGAAAAACCCAAUUCGAACUUCUCAUCGCCAUCGUCAAAUAUCAGACAGUGAUCAAGAGAAUCCGGGAAGGCGUUUGCACCAAGUAUCUCUCCGUUCUCCGACCAGGUAGUACACUGAAGGUCCAACUACAACCCGGCGGUCUCAAUUCCUCAAUACAACAACUUACAGCAGCAACUGUACUCAUUGGACCAGGGACAGGAAUUGCACCGCUGCGCUCUAUGCUUUGGGAGAAGGCAGCGCUUGUCCAAGCCUUCCGCGAGCAGAAUCCCGGCGUCAACCCUCCCAUUGGACCAACUGUCCUACUCUACGGUGGGCGGAACCGCGAAUCAGAUUUCUUCUUCGAGAAUGAUUGGACUGAACUCAGCAAGAUCAUUCCGCUUCAGGUUCUCACUGCGUUCUCGCGUGACCAGCAGCGCAAGGUCUACGUACAAGAUACUGUUCGGGAGAACUUCCCGCUCUUCUUCAGCCUUCUGCAUGAUAUGAAAGGAUCGGUUUACAUAUGUGGUUCUUCGGGACGCAUGCCUCAGGCUGUGCGGGAGGCCCUCAUUGAAGCGUUCCAGCAUGGAGGGGCUCCGGUACCAGGGCAUCCUUUCAGCAGAGCACAAGCUGAGGAGUAUUUGAUUGGGAUGGAGCAGAUUGGAAGAUAUAAGCAGGAGACGUGGUGA